UAUAACUCGGCAAACUAUGCAGCCCACUUUGUUAAUGAAACUAGUUCACUGACUGUUAACUUCUACCAGAUUCGUCAGAAAGUUUGAUUCCGAGGUGAAGGAAGGAUCAGAGGAAGAACACAGCUGAUUGCUCAAAAUUUAUUGGACAUUGCUAAGAUUGAAUCGUGAGAGGAAGCUGCCUUGGCGGCUCUCCGUUUACUUCAAAAUAACGCUUGAUUCAAGGCAAAAACAUGUCUGAAGGCGCUGCCGAGAUUGCGUCGGAUGCUUCUGAUCCAAAGAAUAACAAUGAACAAAGAAACCUUCAAAGAAUAAUCCCAGAGGUCAAAACGUUAAUGAGCAACUCCGUUCAAGACGAGAAGCUCAAUCUGAUUGACGUCAAUCUCCGGGUGUUUUGCAUGCGGUUACAAGAGCUCAUUGCCAAGAUCCGCCCCGAUGAUCUAGCUCUUAUCGAUGAGAUUGCCCUAUUCCGGGAUGAACAAAUGACCUCCAAGAGCUCAUGGAUGGAUUCAGAUCCUCCGGGAGAGUCACCGGGACAUCUUCAACUCAAACUCGAUUUCGAGAUCGAACGUCGUGUGAGGAUCCAAUCCGCUUUGGAUGAUGCCGAGAAACGGAGUUGUGCAGCCAAUCGAGCUUUGGAACGCAAGUCUGAGGAUAUGGAAGAACUCGACAAUGCCAUACUCAAGUUGAACAUCAAGCAUGAGGCAGAUAUGAACGAGAUCAGGGGCGAGAACGAGGGCUUGACGAAAUCCAUCCGUGAGAAAGAGAAGCAGAUCCGGGAGAGUGAGAAGAAAGCUCGUUACUUGACCAUCAAGGCCCAGGAGUUUGAGGACUUGUUCAAGGCUCAAUUGGAGGUGGUCAAGACCUUGCAGACCAACUUGAAUAUGGCUUACGAGGAGAACAAGGCCUUGGUAAAGGAGAUGGAGAUGCUCAACGCCAUGUUCACCGAAAUGGAACGCUCUCAUGUUGAAGAUGCUCUCCGGGAUUAUGAAACCUCUGAAGUGGAUCUCUCGGAUACAAACCAUAAGGAUGAGAAGGGCAAGGAAGUGGGGGUUCAUGACUUGCUUCAAGCUGUCAAUAACGACACAGCCUCGUCCAAAAUCCAGGAGAGCUGCUUCAAGGAGGUGGUCACGAAAAAUGGGACCAAAAUGGUCCUGAGCGUUAGCAAGACCUUCAUGAAGCUCAAGGAUCUGAUCCUCGAGAAGAAGACCUUAGAGGAUCAACUAGAGAAGAUGAAGAAGAUCAAUCACAACCUCUCUACCAAGGUCAACACUCACGAGGUAAAAUUGUUCAACAUCACCGAUGAGCUGAACAAAACGUGGGAUUAUGUGUCCACUCUAAAAUGGCAUCAUCACAAGCUCCACACUUCGGAACAAAUCUUGAGAGCUGAGCUGCUCGAGAAACGUCAACUUCUGGCUAAACUAAGGGAAGAGUUGGAGUUCUCCAGACAGAAUUGGAUCCUCGUUAAACAAAAGACGGCCGACUCUGAGCGCGAAUGGAGAGCUUUGAGGGACGAAUUUGCUGCCCGGAGACAAAUGUUUAACGUCACCUCGUCGGAAAGUGGAUUUUCAGAUAAUAAUCAAACAGAAGAAGAAGAAUCUCCGGACCCCCCGUCGCCACCAAAGCUCUCACCUUCUUUGGAAGAAUCGCAAGAUAUCUGCUCAGGUCCAGUGCCCAACGAGGGAAACGAAAUCAAUGUCCGUUCCAACGAUUAGACGGAUCAAAAUGAUGGACCAGUAGAUGAUACUCCAGUCACAGUGUUUAUUCCCUCAAUGGAAUACUUGACCAAUGUGCCUGAAGGUCUCAUUCCACCAAUAUUCGAUCACCAAGAGAAACAGGAACCAACCGAAGAGUAUCAAGAGAUCUACAGUAAUUUGAUCGCUAGUAGUGAACGAAGUGCGGAACUGGCCACAAGAUUGGCCGAGGUCAAUCGAACUCUUGGCGAUGGAGACGAUGAGAUCACGGUGAGUACGGACGAUGACUUGAAUGAUGACGAAGAUGACGACGAUGACGAUGAUGAUGACGUGGAACCAAGGACCGAUGCCGACGAUGAAGAACUGGUUAUCGAAAGCCCGGACAUCAUCAGCGACGUGCCAGAUUUUGGCGACGAAGAACGGGACGAAGACGACUCCGAUACCUCGGAUGUCGAUUCGGAUUACUCUUUGGAGGAACCAUUUCCACAAGGAUAUGUGCUGAGUCGAAUGCCUUCAACCAUCUCCGAUUGUUCGUCCAUUGUCAAUGCUUCAUCCGAGGGUGUAUCCAGUAGUCAGAACAACUCCCCAAUCGUUUGGGAUCAAGAGCAAGCGGAGGAGGACGCCUCCGAUGGGCGAGAAAUCCCGGAGCCUCCUCCCCCGCCCACUUUCUCUUUGGUUCCACCCUCCGCUUCGGUCACAGUCAACCCGGUAUACGCCAAUAUGGACAGUCAAGAUGACUCCUCGGAAGACGAACGGGACCAUGAGGCUGAUCUUGAAAGCUCCACCAACGUCACACGCCUCCUCAUCAAGCACCUCCCUAAGCAAAUGGCCAAGCUCCGCCAUGACAAGGCCGAACUCGAGGACAAAAUCCAAGACCUAGAGGCCCGAAUCUCCCAACAAGCUCAAUCCAUGUCCGAAAUGGAACGGAGAUCGGAUAUUUUCCGCAGAGAUGCCGAACAGGCCAAUGCCAUUAUUGCUGGGAAUAACGCUGAUCGAAUUCGAGGAGCAGCUUGCCCAACCUCCCGCAUUAUUCCGUUGGUUUCCUCACAGUCAGAUACAGAAAUUCGAUGGAUAUGCUCAGAGGCCAUAUCCGGCUGCAAAGUAUUGGUAACAAGGAAAUUAUCUUGGAGCGACGUCCGUGAAGAGAUUGUGGUUUCGAGUCGAGACCUUACUGAUCUACCGUUGGAAAUAAGCUUUAGAACCCAAUCCAAGGAAAUUUAUUUUAUUAAAAUCAUCGGACCUCCCGGCGAGAGUUUGGAUUCGGUCAAGUUUAACAUCCUGUUUGAAUAGAAGAGAAUCACAAUGAAGCAUACGCAUUACUUUCAUAGACAUUGUUUAAAAACAUUAUGUGAUAGCAUACCCCAACGAUUAGGUAAAUACAUCCCUCUAUAAAACUA